AUUUACAUUAUGCUUGUAUGAGUCAGUGACAGUGAAAACCUGAUUAGAGUAAUGCAAUUACAACCUCGCACUCCCUAUAUUUUCCCCUUUAAAGCCUCAAGCUAUCUAGGCAGACUUAGCUACCACUCUCAUCAAGUCCAUGGCAGCCGAGAAUGAAAAGCUCCACUUAGCAUUUUUCCCAUGGCUAGCCUUUGGUCACAUGAUCCCAUUCCUUGAGUUCGCUAAGUUAAUAGCCGAAAAGGGUCACAGAGUCUCCUUCAUUUCUACUCCAAGAAACAUUGAUCGUCUCCCAACACUCCCACCUCACUUGUCUCCUCUCAUUGACUUUAUCGAACUGCCGUUACCCCACCUCGAAAAUCUCCCUGAGACCGCCGAGGCCACCAUUGACUUGCCUGCUGAUGGCUCCUUGUACCUCAAAAACGCCUACGACCUUCUCCAGGAACCAUUGACUGACUUCCUUAUAACUCACAAACCCGACUGGAUUAUCUACGACUAUGUCCCUUACUGGUUACCAGCAAUAGCCAAGAAAGUCCGUAUACCGACUGUGUACUUCAGUCCCUUCCUCGCCUCAACUAUUUGCUAUGUUUGUCCUGCUUUAGGAGACGAUGAUUACCGGAAAACCCCCGAAGACUACGCAGUGCCACCCAAGUGGGUCCCGUUCCCUUCCACAGUGGCAUUUCCUCUGUUCAUGGCAAUAAAAUUUUUUGAUGCUCGUCUACCGGAAUAUUAUCGGUUUCGUGGAAGCAUUAGAGGCGCUGAUAUAAUAGCUAUCAGAACCCACCUUGAUUUUGAACCGAAAUGGUUAAAACUUGCAGAAGAUCUUCAUAAGAAACCGGUUAUUCCUGUUGGUGUCUUUCCUCCGUCAGACGACGGCGACUCGGUGGUUGAAACAGAGACGUGGAGGUGGAUUAAAGAGUGGCUAGACAAGCAAGAGAUUGGGUCUAUAGUGUACGUAGCAUUUGGUACAGAAGCGAAGUUGAGUCAACAUGAACUGACGGAGGUAGCACUCGGGAUAGAGCUUUCUGGGUUACCGUUCUUUUGGGUGUUAAGGACUCAUCGUGGAUCGUUCGACCCGGAUCCGCUUCAUUUGCCUGACGGGUUCUUGGAGCGAACCAAAUCACUUGGGGUUGUAUGCACGAGUUGGGUACCACAACUCAAGAUUUUAGGCCAUGACUCGGUGGGAGGGUAUUUGACUCACUCGGGUUGGGGCUCAGUGAUUGAGGCGCUGAAGUUUGGUAGAGCUCUUGUUCUAUUGAGCUUCUUUGCCGACCAAGGACUGAACGCGAUGGUUUUGGAGGAGAAGAAGAUUGGGUAUCUGAUACCGAGGAACAACGUCGAUGGAUUGUUCACGAGGAACUCUGUUGCUGAAUCAUUGAUUCUGGUUACGUUGGAAGAAGGAGGAAAGGUUUACAAGGAGAAAGCCAAGGAAAUGAGCAACUUGUUUGGCAACAAAGAGAAACAGAGCUUGUCCAUGGAUAACUUUUUGGAUCACCUUAAAGCCCACAAACGUUAUCAUUAGGCAGAUUUCAUUCCCGAUAAUGGAAUUACCUCACGUAGGAGGCUUUUACCUUAAAAAAAUAAAUAAAUAAAUAAAAUGUUUCAUUUGA